CAUCCCCCACAAUGCCCCGAGACCAAGUUGCCCAGUGACGCACUUGUGCUACGUGUCAGGAAGCUUUACAUCCAACAUGGCGGCGCAGCAGAGCGAUGUAGACGAACUUUUCGAUGUAAAAAAUGGCUAUUACAUCGGCAGUUAUCAACAAUGUAUUAACGAGGCUCAGAAGGUGAAGCCUUCAACACCAGAGAAGGAGGUUGAGAGAGACAUGUUUUUGUACAGAGCAUACAUUGCCCAGAGGAAAUAUGCUGUUGUUCUGGAUGAUAUCAAGUACAACUCUCCACCUGAGCUCCAGGCUGUCCGGAUGUUUGCAGAGUAUCUCUCCAGCGAUAAUAAAAGGGAUGCAAUUGUUGCUGAUCUUGACAAAAAAAUGUCAAAGAAUGUGGAUGCCUCCAACACCACCUUUCUUCUGAUGGCUGCCUCCAUUUACUAUCAUGAGAUGAACACCGAUGCUGCUCUGAGGACUCUUCAUCAAGGGGAAAGCCUGGAAUGCAUGGCCAUGACGAUCCAAGUGCUGCUGAGUCUUGAUCGCGUUGACCUGGCAAGGAAAGAGUUGAAGAAGAUGCAGGAGCAGGAUGAGGAUGCUACACUCACCCAGUUGGCUACAGCUUGGGUCAACAUUGCAGUGGGCGGGGAAAAGCUGCAGGAUGCGUAUUACAUUUUCCAGGAGAUGUGUGACAAGUACUCUUCCACACUGCUGCUCCUCAAUGGGCAGGCUGCUUGUUACAUGGCUCAGAACAAGUGGGAGGAGGCUGAGGGAGUUCUGCAGGAAGCACUUGACAAGGACAGCAGCCAUCCUGAGACGUUGAUCAACCUCAUUGUGCUGACUCAGCAUCUGGGUAAAGCCCCCGAGGUAACCAAUCGCUACCUGUCUCAGCUGAAAGAUGCACACAGGACCCACCCCUUUCUGAAAGACUACUUAUCCAAGGAGAAUGAGUUUGACAGACUAGCGAUGCAGUACACUCCCGCCGCCACCGCUUGAUCCUUCAGCAUGAACAUUGUUACCCAUGGUGUCCCUGGCUUUCUUACUUCUGUCUGAUGAAGAAAAUUGAAUUUAGACGGUCUUGUGUUUUAUUCGUUUGAACAAUACUAGUCAAACUCUUUCACAAAACAUUCCCUUGGGGUCAUAAUAAAUUCUUGAUGCUUUGAUGUCUGUGUGUGUUU